AGAGCAGCGGGGGCGGAAGUGAGCUGAACAAACCGAUAUACGCAGCCUUGACACUGUGGAAAAUUGUAAAUAAAAACUGACCUUCGCAAGCUAUCCGUUUACAACAUACUGGAUCUUUUGGAUACUGGAUUGCCUUCUUUAAUUAGAGAGCAGUUAAAAAAUGGUGUGGUGUGAAAACAGUUGACGCUGGUAGUACAGGAGUGGUGGAUUGUCUGGGGUCUGCUCGGUCACUGCCGCCAUGGCAGAGGUCACCGGUGGUAGUAUGACAUCCCGACAGGGUCCCUACAUAAGCAUGAUAACAAACCGCACAACUAAUCUGCUGAUCCGGGGGGCCAUGCUGUUCGGCGUGGGUGUGUUCCUAGCGCUGGUGCUAAACCUGCUGCAGGUGCAGCGUAAUGUCACUCUCUUCCCUCCUGAUGUCAUCAGUAGCAUCUUUUCUUCAGCGUGGUGGGUACCACCCUGCUGUGGAACAGCAUCAGCUCUGAUAGGGCUGCUGUAUCCCUGUAUAGACAAGCGUUUUGGGGAGCCCCAUAAGCUGAAGCGCGAGUGGUCCAGUGUGAUGCGCUGUGUGGCAGUCUUUGUUGGCAUUAAUCACGCCAGUGCUAAAGUGGACUUUGCAAAUAAUGUGCAGCUGUCUCUGACCCUGGCUGCACUCUCAGUGGGGUUGUGGUGGACAUUUGACAGGUCACGCAGUGGCUUCGGCCUGGGAGUUGCCAUUGCAUUUCUCGCGACCCUCACUACACAGCUACUGGUGUACAAUGGAGUGUUUCAGUAUACAUCUCCUGACUUCCUGUACAUACGAUCCUGGCUGCCUUGCAUCUUCUUUGCUGGUGUGAUAACCAUGGGAAAUAUAGGACGACAACUUGCUCUUUAUGAGUGUAAAGUUGUUCAAGAAAAGAUUCAUCAGGACUAAAACAUCUUAUACCAUGGAUGCAAAAAUGAGGGAACCUGCAUUCACUUUUACAGUUAAAGAGGUGCUCUCUUAUAGCAGAUACAGGACAAGCGUUGUCUGCGUUUAUAGGGCAGGACAGUUUGGAGCUUGGUGCAUUCUCAUUGGCUGCCAGUACAGCCUCUCUGAAACUUAAAAAAAAGCUGAAACUGGGAUUGGUCGAUUGAAACAUCUCAAACAAUGCAAAGUGUUUUCUUUAACUUGCAUAUGCAUCUCUGUUGGAUAUGACGUGCCAAAGUGACUCAGACGCGGCUGUUCUUUCGGGAAUAUUAACUCAUGAGCUAUGCUUUUGGCUCUUACUCAUACAAACCGAUUCUCUCAGAGGGUGCUGCCAGACAGUGUUUUUCUAGGCAUAAAUAAGAAAUACAGAUAGAAAAUAUAGUGUAUACAGAGGACAAAGUACAGAAAUAGAAUCCUUAACAUACACAUAUACAGUACUGUGCAAAGGUCUUAGGGAUAUUGAAAGAAAUGCUGUAUAGCAAAGAUGCCUUUAAGGGAAUUAAAGCAUUUCUACAAAAAGAAAAUACUAUAAAGAGCAGUAAAUGGUAAGAUACUAAACAAAGUCAAGAUUUGGUACGACACCUCUUUGCUUAAAAAAAAAAAAAGUACAGUUUGUGCAGAUUUAUAAGGAAAUUGGCUUAUAAGUUUUACUGAGCAUCUUGGAAAGUCUGCCACAGUUCUUUUGCUUUUUUUUGCAUGCAAAACCCAGCAGCCUUCAUUAUAUUUUUAGGAUUCCUCCAUUAAGAGGAAACCUAUUGUUUAGUGUUAGUGUUCUGCAUCUUCUUCUCCUCCUUAUCGCCCUAAAGUGCCCAAUAACUCAAGAUCUGAAUGGUUGUGAAAUUUGGCACAUUGAUACUACAGGCCAUGAGUAACUCCCACACCACAACUGACACACAUGAGCCUAUAGGUUGCGCUACAGGCCACGCCCAAAAUCUGUGAUUUUUCCUCCGCCCCAUAAGUCCGCAAUGUCUGAAAAUUGGUAUCGCAACCCCUAAAGUCAUUUCUCUACCAUUUCUACCAUUUCUCUAACAUUUCUCUACCAUGUCAAUUUUGAAAUGGUCCACAAUCUUGAGGAGGAAUCCGCCAUUUUAUUUAAUUUUUUUUGGAAAAGUGGUCUGUUAUGUGAGCUUUUGCUUUCUUUACUGACUUUUACUGUAACAUUUACUUUUUUUGUUGGAAAAGUAAUGUUUGGAAAUGUAAGAUGUUUUUUUUUUUACUAAAUAGGGUGCCUAAGACUUUUGUACAGCACUGUGUGUUGAAGUUAACUAGGGUACAUGGUAGCUACAAUGGUGUCCAAAGUUAAUUUUGAAUUAAAUAAAUAAAAAUGGCAGCAGUGAUGAUCAGACUAGGAAUUAAUUUCUGUGCUGUGGAGGAAUUAAUUUCUGUGCUGUGGAGGCAAGCAGUGCAAUCGCAAUACGGUUUACUGUGUGUGUUUAUGAUUACUGCUCUCCACACUUACUAGCACACAGGUGACAUGAUAACAUGUUGUGCAAGAGAGCAGGAGCAUAAUGUUCCAUAAGCAGUGUUAAACCAGGUGUGUAUUAACCUACACAUUGGUGUCAUUUAAUGAUUAAGCUUUACCUCAGCGCUCCCAUGAUCCUCAACUGUGUCCUGUUUAGUCUCUCUCUCUCUCUCUCACACACACACACACACACACAGCCGUCAUCCAUCUUCCUGUUUCUCAUAUAGUCAUAUAGACCGAAGCAUUGGUAAGGGAAAUAAUGUUUUCAGUUAAAUUCUGAUAUUACCCCCAAUUUUUGCCUCAGCCUUAAUAUAAUUUUUCUAUUCAAGGCUUUUAAAGGGAACAUAGGAUCAUCUGCUAUGUUCACUCUCAUUAUUUACCUCUACAACCGAGCAGAGAGUAAAGUGUUGGAGCUUUCAUGUUUGGAUUUCACUGUAUUUCAUUAGCAUUGUACAAAAUGGAGUUGAAAGUAUGAGCAGAAUAAAAGGGGAAAAUUCUUUUUUUUAUGAAUGUUUGUUUAAUUCAGUAUGUAUUUGUGAAUGAUAUCUUGUCACAUUACCUGUUUUAAGAUAAAUGUUUUACAGGAAAAUAGAGUAUGACCUGUAGUGAGUAAUUAUAUUAAAUACUUUUUAUAUAUAUACAAUUGACGUUUCAGGGAAGAUUACAGUUUUUACUAACAAUUAAAUGACUGUUAACGGUGACUGUUCAGGACUAAACUUAGUACACCGAGACGUGAACCAGUGUGCUCUGAAAAAUACAGUAAAGAAAGCUGUAUUGACUCAGUUUAUAGGUGGCAGUUAAAACUUUUACAUUUCUCUCAUGUGCCAGAAAAUGAGCAAAUGUAAAACAUGCAUAAAAAAGGUGUAUUGUCAGAUUAUUGUUUUGAAAUCUUUCACAUUUCAACAUUUGAUUGUAAAAGAUUCCAUUAUUAAAUAAAAGAUAUUUUAAACUGCA